CAUUUCAUUGGUAUUAUUUCCGUGUGCGCGUUUUCGUUAUCGACAGUUAUUUACAAAUAUUCGUCUUGGCUGAAGGCGUUGCGACAACAUUCGGACGAUCGGGUGAAGUGUGACUACGUGAAGCUGCUCAUCAUGGGACUCGAGUACGGAGUGCCCGUGUACCCUUUCAACGAGUUUCCGCCGGAUCACAUUGAGCCCAUCGAGGGCGAAUGGGUCGCCAAGGCCCGGGACAUAUUCUGCAGCAACAACUCAUUCAGCCGGCCGACAGUGUUGAACCCUGCGAUCGCAACCUCGGUGUCAGAUGACAAGCGCCAGUUCGCCGCUUACCAGACGAUCCCGGGCGCGGGCCUCCAGUGCUAUUACGCGCAGUCCGACCAACCGUUGCAUGAGUGGUUUUUCAAAUCCGACUCGAUGCUGAAGCAGCCCACGAACGCUGUACAAGCCAUACCGCUAGAUUGGGAACGGUCGUUGGCAGGCAUCCGCAGGGCAGCCGUCGACAAGCAGCCCUACGAUAAGAUAACCAAGCAUUCCGAGAACAAUUCAGACCAUUGUAAAAUUUUAGACACGGACCAAGAAAACCUUGGUAUAGAAUUAGGAUUCAAAUGGAACGGCAAAAGUCUAUUAACAGGAGAUACAAUACCUGGUGCUGAUUGUUGCAUCGAUUGGUUAAUUCACGAACAUGAAAAAACACAACUAGAAAUAGACGAAGAGAUAAUCAGAGUGUUCGAUAAAUUGUAUCCAGACAAUUUCCGUCUGUCGACCAACCCGGAAUUUUUAGAAGGAAUUAUUAAAAAAAUGGACGAAGGAAAAACUGCCAAGUGUGAAGAAUACGUCAAAUCCCAAUCGAAAUCACCUACUCAGUCCAGACAGUGUGCGGGAUACGAUCAAAAUUCACUGGUGUCUUUAGAACGAUUAAGCGAUUACAGACUUUCCGAAGAUAAUUCGUCAACUGCGUCAAUGCAGGAUAGACAUAUGUCGACAGAUGGUUCAAAGUUUCAAAUCGACGAAAUAAGUUUAUCAGAAAAAUACGACACUUAUUAUUCUAUUAUACAACCAACUGAUAACCAACAUUCAAAAUCCAACAUGUAUAAUAGUUGUUUGGAUGAAUUGCCGUCGUUUAAUGAAGUAGCUAAAUCAUUUAAUGUUUUGGCUGACAAAGCAGAAAAAACUAUGAAGGAAGUUAAUGAUUGGCUUAUAAGCAAAUAA